AUGCAACGGAAUUGCUCCGAGCCGAAAUAUGUGUUCCAAAACUUUGACAGCUUGUACGACUGCUACAAAGAGUUUGGAGGAACAGCAAACAGCAAUGCCUUCACCCGGGUUGUAAACUCCUGUGUCAACGAUUAUUGCAACAACCCGUUUCCCGAACUAGGCGGCUGUGGACAAUGGACACAGGCGACGGACCUCGACUUCAGUAUCACUUACAAUUCCUCUAUUUUCUUGGGUUACACUUCAUUCAAUAACGACGCCGCGUGCGAAGACGUUAAAGGCAAGGUAAACUCGGAUCUUGCAGGGCCGGGGGUGUUUUCCUCGUACAUGAUGCAGUUGGUGUUGAUUCUUUACCUAUGGUUCUUCCUUCGGCUAUCUCGACAAGGUCCACCCGUCGUCUCCUACGUCUCGAAGAGAAGAACGCAAUUCCAACAGGCCCUUGUUUCCAAACAAAGCAAGCCAGCCAAAAGCAAAAUGACAAGAGUUUUCCACCGCCACCACGCUGUGCUGAAGCACACAUUAGUGGAAUUUCAGGAAGCGCAGUGUUUCUUUAUGCUUGCGUCUCAGAUUGCAGUUCUCUGGUCAACGAGGCAUACCGCCGCGUUUGAGUCUCACACACUGCGCUCCCUACUACAAAACAACAGCGUGUCGGGCAUGGUGUCCAGCACGGGGAUCCUUCCAGUGGUGAUGGGUAUGUGGUGUCUUCAAAAGAUGCAUAAAUGUUCGCCUUGGAGCUUUCUUCUGUCCGUCGCGACGGUUGUGUUGUCAGAAGUUGCGUUGUAUCAGACGAGAGAUGUUCCCAAUAUGGACCAGAUUGUACCAUUCGAGUACAACGGCUGGCCAGCUAGCUGUGGAUUCAAAGCGCCGCCUCUCGUCUACUGUGGUCUCUCGACAGCUGAAUAUUACACGCAGGUCUUGAUACGUGGUGGGCCAAAGUUCUUCCUGCAGUGGUCUAAUCCGUACUGCCUGGUCGUCUUUGCGCUGACCGUUAUAUUUUGGCUCAGAACAGCCAUCAUGGAUGCUUUUAAAGCUGCCUCAUUUCCAGGGUUCUUUUUUGAACGUGUUAAGAAGUCUACGAGGGUUCAGUCGCUUUCAGGCUCGAAAUGGGCAGGAUGGCUUCAGCAGGCUUCUGGUCUGGUAACAUUUCUGGUCGAAGUCGCCUUUAUCGCCGCCAUGGUUAUGGAUAUUACGGCAUUUGAUGGGUUUGCUUACAUUAAUUUGAUUGACUGGGACGCCUGGUCAUUUGGACAAAUUGUUGCCAUUACUCUUUGGUUUCCGGUGGUAAGCAAAUAUGUAUACUGGCUAAUUUUUGGCACUGAGGCUUACUCGAAAGCCCGUAUUCCAAGCCCAUACAAGAUUAUCAAACAGCAGGUGGAUAAAAGUGGCGGUGAUGGCGAAGAUCGAGCGAGUAACCGUGCCUUGAAUGUUCAGAAUGCGCUUGAAAACGAAGCGAUGACGCGGUUCCCGUCUGUUGCGCAGGCAGAAAAGGCUGCAAUGGAGGGUAGAAAUGCGUCUCAAGACAGUCAGGCCAUCCUCGACGCCAUGAAGGCAGAAUUUGGAGUCGGCACGUUGAGCAGUUCGCCACUCAGAAAUCGAGUUGAGAAAUCCAGCCUUGUUCCCAAAAUUGACGAAUUGGUUACACAGCAGGGCCAUGGCCAGUCGCGUGCUGCGCCUCAGAAAGCAAUAACACACGAGGCUGCAAAUGACGUGUUUGCGAACCCUACCGUGAAUGAACUUGAGGUUGGAGGGACACGACUUGACAACGACAUACCAGAUACGGCUGUUGUAGAAGGCGCCCUUCGUCAUGGCGUCACGGAUGACUUGACGGCCCAAAUUGACAACCACGGAGCGUUGCCAACUGUCGACAACAAGUCCGUGUUGGUGCCUCGGCGUGGCCAAGGCACUGCAAAGAUGGACAUCUCCCAGCAAACGCCCACGCAGGUCAACGCGGACAGGGACUAUGCCGAAUUUUGCGAACCGCUACCCUCGAGCCCUACCGAGCCGACGCAAAUCACGACAACCGAUGAACCAAGGACGCUGAAUCCAGAUGAUACUGGUGCUGUCAACUUUGGCGAUCUCGGUGAAUUUGGACGUCCGUCUUCACAAGUCUCGGAGGAUGGCGGGUUCGAUAAUACGAGAGGGGAAUGGAGAGCCCCAGACGAUACCUCGCAGUUACAGUCGAAGGAUGCGUUUACACCAUACAAAGGGCAUAGCCUGGCCCCGGAGACACCUGCACUACCUAAGAACCCGUUUGGAACAAAGAGCAAUGGCGCCGUUCCCUUUGGAGGUACACAGCUGUUUGGCCAGACUCAAAUGCUUUCGUCCGCCGUCAAGUUGGCCAGUCCAACCUCGUCGAGACCUUCUCCGAACAUGUUUCUCAACUCAAUAUCGCCAAAUAUCAUGGAGACUUCGCCGUUGAAGAAUCGAGCUAAUGUUUCGUCGCCAACGGAUAUUCGAACGUCGAGUCCCACGAGAUUACAUGAGGUUCCCGCGACAAUACAGAAGGAUAAGAUCCUGACGCCAGUUGCAGAAGAAACACCUAUACCCCGGCGAUCUCAAAAGGAUGACUUAAUACCAGACUCACCUACAUUAAAACCUCCGCGACCAUCAUCUGCUGGACGCCAGCCCAUGGCACACUACGAGCCCAUGAAGGAAUCGCAAGAGAGAAAGAGCAGCGGGGACGGACGCGACGUCCACUCUGUGUCAGACAACGACUCGGACAAUGCGUUUCAGGAGUUGGACCGCAGAAGACGGGUUGAAAGAAAGAGGGCUCAGGCUGCGGCUGAAAUGGAUAAGGUCAGCUUUAUGCGCACCCAAAGACGAGUGUCAGAUGAGCAGGCUGGAAGGAAACGACGAAAGCUGGGCUCGGGAGACGCACAAACCGAAAGUUUGAAAGGCGAUGCCCAAGGUCAACCACCCGUUGUUCGAGACUCUCAGAAGGCUAUCACCCAGUCUGCCGAACAACCCUCGGCCGAAUCUACGAAAGCUACUCCCGGCGAGGCUGGACAAUAUGCGGACGUGCAAGGAGAGCGCUCCGAUAUGUCCUUAGCCCCCGAACCUUUGGACGAAGAAAUGAUUCCAGCAACUAGUCCUCCUGUACGGUCCUCGCCAGCUAUUUACCGACGAGAUGCUCCAUCAGCGUCAGAACCAGAGUUGCCGGUGCUGAGGAAGAGUAGAAGCGAACAGGAUCAAGUAGACUUGGAUAACUCAUCACUUCCACCAAUCCGGCGAGCGACACGUCGCACGUAUAGUAGACGGGGCCGUAACACUCGGACGCAAAUGACUGUGGUAUCAUCCGCAGAAGAUGCGGAUCCAGUUCCAGUCAAACAUCCAGAAGAGACAGUCGACGGAAUGGGGGGCUCAGAGGAUACAAUAAAAGCGAUUAAUGCUCCGCCAAGCUCUUACUCGGAGCCGCCAGUUCCUAUGGGCACUCGAUCCCGCAAGAACGAGCAAAAAACACGAACGCCACGCAGAUCGUUGAAUAUUAUCAAUGACCUCCCUACAUCCUCUAGCCUUACCACUAUGUCUGGCACACCCCUACCAUCGUCCAAAACCACUCCUGGGACACAAGACUCACACAUAUCGGAGCGCGCCGAGUCGGUUAACUUGGCAUCUCCCAAUAACAGUGUGCGACCCUCGCGACGGCCAGGACGGAAUGCAGGGAAGUCCGAAUCCCCACAGCCAGUGACCAAGGCUAUGAGACUGUCACGGCGAUCCUUGCGAAUAGAUUCGGAUUCUACAGAUGAGCUUCAACAUUCACCAUCUGUGCCGGCCCUCAGCAGGAGCACCCACUCCAAGUCGGCGCGGUCGUUCCGAGCAAGUCUUGCUUCGGUGUCGCGAACUCGCCGGCUCUUUGAUGGGAUGGCGUUUGCCUUAUCAUUUUCCGAGAAUCAAGCUCAGAGGACAAAGCUCGAAACUAAAAUUACUCAAUUUGGUGGUACUAUUUUACACGAGGGGUUCCAAGAAUUGUUUGAACAGUCAGCAGCAACUCACUGCAGCACCACCGAAGACGACAGUACUUCACCCUUACGGUUAACCAAGGCCGGUCUCGAAUUUGGCUUCGCGGCCGUCAUUGCAGACUCACAUUCGCGGAAGGCUAAAUAUAUGCAGGCACUGGCACUUGGAUUGCCCUGUUUAGCGCCGCAGUGGGCAACUACCUGCUUGAAAAGGGGGGAAUUAAUUGACUGGACGCCGUAUCUAUUAUGCGCCGGUGCGUCCCAGGUUCUUGGAAAUGCCAUCCGCUCACGCACUUUGCUUCCCUACUCUGCGUUGGAAGCCAGUUUAUCGCAUACCAUCGACACACGAGACAAGUUUCUUGACCAGGAGAGGCUCCUGAUUGUCAUGGAUCACCGAAAGUCGCGUAAAGAAACAAAACAACAGUAUCUAUUUCUAGCAUUGGCCAUGGGUUCAUCCGCAGUAGCACGGGCCACGAGUACUGCACAAGCAGGCGAAGCAGUACGUGAAGCGGAGCGAUCUGGCACGCCGUUCAGUUGGAUCUACGUAGAUUCGUCGACAAGCAGUGUAGAAGAUGUAUUAUCAGCGGCACAAGAGUCCGGCAAGAGGAAGAGAAAGGCCAUUGAGCCGAUUGGCCAGGCGUUGAAUGUACUCACGGAUGAGCUUAUGAUUCAGAGUCUAAUACUGGGACGGUUAGUGGAACCAGGGGAGAUGGAGUAG